AUGUAUUAGCUACAGUGCGCGCGUCAUCAUGGUGCGACUGUUAUUGUCUCGCGUGUAGGAGGUUAAAUGGCACCUUCGCCAACCAAAAAGAAAGAGGAUGACAAGAGUAAACAACGAGGUAAACAGAAAUCUGGGGCCUUGAAAGAUGGGGCUGACAAAGAUCGGGGCAGAGUACAGAUCAAAACACGACGUGGUGCUUCCAGUAGGAGCAGCAGUUCCAGCUCCAGUAGCAGCUCGGGUUCUAGUUCCGGCUCUUCCAGUGGCACCAGCACUUCUGCCUCCAGCCACUCAGGUUCUUCCAGCUCCCGCUCAUCUUCUUCCUCAUCGUCCUCGCCAAGCCCCAGCCGUCAGCGACACAACAAGCGACGCUCCCGCUCAAAGUCCAAGUUGGCCAAGAAAGAUGAUCGGGAACGUCGAAAGAGGAGUCCCGCUCCAAAACCCACCAAGGUCUACCUGGGCCGGCUGACAAGAAAUGUCAUCAAGGUGAUGGCUAAACAUCGGGAGCACAUCCAGGAGAUCUUCUCCACCUAUGGCAAGAUCAAGAUGAUUGACAUGCCCAUGAACCGUGUCCACCCUCACCUGUCCAAAGGCUACGCCUACAUUGAGUUUGAGACGCCUGAAGAAGCAGAAAAGGCACUUAAACACAUGGAUGGAGGACAGAUUGAUGGCCAGGAGAUAACAGUCAUUGCUGUCCUGACACCUACGGUGCGCGCCCCCCCUCGCAGGCUGUCCCCUCCCCGCAGGAUGCCACCUCCACCCCCGAUGUGGAGACGCACUCCGCCUCGGAUGAGGAGAAGGUCUCCACGGUCGCCACGACGGCGCUCUCCAGUCAGGCGUAGGUCCAGAUCACCUGGCCGCCAUCGCCACCGGUCUCGUUCCAGUUCCAACUCCUCCCGUUAGACAUCAGUAUCACCCAGCUGUGAGUUUGUCUUAUUCUGAGACUUGAAACGACAUUUUAUUGUGUGAAUUCUGAGAGACAAACAUUCAAACUUAGGGAACGCUGUCUGAUUAUUGCCAUAAUACGCUGUGAUGUAUCAACCAGUGUUAAGGAUUAUUAUAUAUUUGGGAUUUUGACUCUAGUACUGCAUCCCUCGGCAUUCACUGCAAUUUGUAAUUAUGUCACAUGCUGAAUCAUCGCCCUCGAGCGAAUCAAUUUCAUCUACUAUUCCCAUCUUUUGCUGCUUAACUUAUUGGCUCAUUACCAUCAUGCUGUUUAUAUUGUUUAAUUUUAAUUGCAUGAAAUUAAGUAAAUGUUACACAACAUAGGAGCUGGCUCUGGACAGGAUAAUAUACAGUAUGUGCCAUAACAACCCUCUUGCAUGUGUUUGCUGAUAUUAUAUUGAUAUUUAUUUUACUAUAUUAUUUAAACGGUACUCGUGGGUAUUAUAUUACUGUAAGAGUUUUUUUUAAUUAUUAUUUAAAUACAUCACAGUUAAUUGGAUACUGUGCAGCUAUGAGUCACUUUGUUCUUUUGAUCCUGUCCUAUUUGGAAGUGAGUAUUGUUUCCCCAGUGGUGGACUACUGUAGUGCAAUCUGUUUUAAAGUACUGUUGCGUGUGAUUAACAGUCAAGUGUAUUUCGGUUUGCGACUUGACAAUAAAGGCCAUGUCUCGUUUGACUGACCAAUCAUGCAGCUU